CCCACCUGCAUAUCAUUCCCUUCCUCACUCGCUGCUUGCGUACCUGCUUCCUGCGUUGCUUUCCUUCCGCCCCCAUUUCCGUGCCACCCUACCACCAGAGGACGUCCCUACGUGCACUCGCGGGCUGCCUGGCUCUCUCUUUCCUCUCCUUUUCUCACCCACUUGGACUGGAAGUUACUACUCAUAGUUGGCUACUAGUGUGUGAGAUUCGGAUCGUCGUGUUUGCUGUGGUAGGUUGGGUUGGUUGAGUGAUAAUCGGGGGCUUUCGUCGUGUGUUGGAGCACCUGAGAUUUUAUAGCUGUGUGUGUUGCCUGUCUGGUGUUGUGGGGGUUUGUGGUGGGGGCGUCAGUCGGCGUUGACGUUCGGAUUGAGGUAGACGGGGGCUAGCAAUGGACCAACUGGACAUUCCGAGCAUGCACGAUCACGACUGGUACGAGCUCGUGAAGGACAUUGGGUCGGGUAAUUUCGGGGUCGCCAGGCUCAUGCGCGACAAGAGGACGCGGGAGUUGGUUGCGGUGAAGUACAUCGAGCGUGGGGAGAAGAUUGACGAAAAUGUCCAGCGGGAGAUCAUCAACCAUCGAUCGUUGCGGCAUCCCAACAUAGUGCGAUUUCAGGAGAUCAUGUUGACUCCAACCCACUUGGCCAUUGUGAUGGAAUAUGCUGCUGGUGGAGAGCUGUUUGAGCGAAUUUGUAAAGCAGUCCGGUUCAGUGAAGAUGAGGCCAGAUACUUCUUCCAGCAGCUUAUUUCUGGAGUCAGCUACUGUCACUCCAUGCAAAUUUGUCACCGUGAUUUGAAAUUGGAGAACACAUUGCUGGAUGGAAGUCCUGCACCUAGACUGAAAAUCUGUGAUUUUGGAUAUUCAAAGUCGUCUUUGUUGCACUCGCAACCGAAGUCGACUGUGGGAACACCUGCCUACAUUGCUCCAGAGGUCCUGCAAAAGAAAGAGUACGAUGGCAAGAUUGCGGAUGUGUGGUCGUGCGGUGUGACCUUGUACGUCAUGUUGGUGGGAGCAUACCCAUUCGAGGAUCCCUAUGACCCAAGGAAUUUCAGGAAAACCAUUGGACGUAUCUUGAGCGUGCAGUACUCUGUCCCCGAUUACGUUCACAUUUCCCCGGAGUGCAAGCAUUUGCUCUCUAGGAUUUUCGUUUCUAACCCAGCCAAGAGAAUCAACAUUCAAGAAAUCAAGAAUCACGAAUGGUUUUUGAAAAAUUUACCAACGGAUCUGGUCGACCUUGCUGACAGGAGUUACGGUUUUGAGGACCCAAACCAUCCCACACAAAGCAUCGAAGAGAUCAUGCAAAUUAUUAGCGAGGCUAGGGAGCCAGAAGCAAGUACAGGAGGAAAUUAUUUUGGUGAUGUAAUGGAUGACAUGGACGUGGAGAAUGACUUGGACCCUGAUUACGACAGCAGUGGAGAGUUUGUGUGUGCAAUGUAGAAUGGUAGGUAGGAUGAGGUAAUAGGUUGUCAUGCACAAUUGUAUCAGACAAUAGGAGGUGAAACGGUAGUGUAUGUAAAAUUGGAUGGUGUAGUUAAAAUGGAAUGGUUUCACUUCAUUUCUGUAGAUAGUUUUGCUGCACCAGCUCUUUGAGUUUCCAGGAAGUGAAUCAGAGAACCAAGCGAUGGCUACUGUGCGUAUCGGGUCGACUUCAACAAUGUUAUUGGAGAUGCAUUACGCAAUGCACAAUCAUCUGUUCGAAGGUGAUUGACUUGCAUGACGAAGAUGUUUGGAUGUUGUGGAGCUUGGGGAUAUUGGAGAAGUCGUGGCUCCAUUGUAGUAAUGGAGGAUCUAGUGAACCUGAAGGGUGGAAGGGUGAUGUUGUCAGAUGCAGCUAAGGACUCUAUGCUUGUAUAGGAUCUUUUGGAUUUGGGCUACCUUGUGCACUUUGUAUUCGACUUAUAACCUUUGAGGUAGUAGUGUAGGUGGAACCUGGUGUUUUUUUUGUGAGCCCAAUGUAGUAAAGAUUAUUGGCUCAGAUGAACUGAGCUUACAUUCUAGCUGUA